UCCCGAGCCACCAGCACAGCCCUCUGCACCUCCUACGGUCGGUCCCCCUGUCCCGAAGAGCCAGACCGGGAGCCGCGGAGCCGGAACUGAAAGAGGCUGAGAAAGCUACACCGUGACACAGCAGUCUCAGAGGGAUUCCUACUCCUUUACAACCCUGGAGAGACAAGGAAAAUUAACUAAAGCAUUUUUCAUAACAAUGAUUUUGUUUACAAAAUGCUUUCCCUUUUAUUUAUGAACUGUUUUGAAGAAACCACUUAAAAGAAAUGGGGAGUGAUUGUGAAUAAAUUAAAAUGUCUUUAAAGGACUGAUGCUCCAGAAAUAUAUCAGCAGGCUCAGACACGUCUGACAUAAAGAGAUUUCUAUUUCUGUUUGACUUGUGGAACUUAGUUUGAACCAAACACUGAGCUACAGAUUGCCUGGAGAAGACCUUUUUCCUCAUAAGUUUGCUAGCCUGAUUACAAUUUUCCUUUUAGUAGACUCAAGUAACUUAAAUUAGAUAUUUUGAUAUUAAUCUUUUGGAGUAUCUCUUUGACUACUUGGAUAUUUUAGGUGUUUGCCAGGUUUUUGCAUUUGUGGUGGGACAGACUGCAUCAGAUUGUGUCACACUGGAAAACAUUUAAGGAAACAGGUAAAAGGAAGCAAAAGAAGAAAUCUCUUCAGAAAUCCUGGAUGAGAUGGCAGAGGCUUCAGUGGGUCCCUUAUCUCUCCCUGUAACAAGGAAAAAGAAAAGUUUGUCUAUUGAAGAAAAGAUUGACAUCAUAAAUGCAGUAGAAAGUGGUAAGAAAAAAGCAGAGAUUGCAGCCAAAUAUGGAAUAAAGAAAAAUUCACUCUCUUCAAUUAUGAAGAAUAAAGACAAGGUUCUAGAAGCCUUUAAAUCUUUAAGAUUUGAUCCCAAAAGAAAAAGACUCAGAACUGCUUUUUACACAGAUCUUGAGGACGCAUUAAUGAGGUGGUAUCGAAUCGCCCAGUGUCUAAAUGUACCAGUUAAUGGUCCAAUGUUGCGUCUCAAAGCUAAUGAUUUUGCUCAGAAACUGGGACAUAGUGAUUUUAAGUGCAGUAAUGGUUGGCUAGACCGCUUUAAAUCAAGAUAUGGUUUAGUAUUUAGAUCUCAGCCAGUAGAAACUGCAGCAGCUUCAGGAGAUGCUGCGACUCUCUGGUCCCAAAAUGUGCUUCUAUAUUAUUUAAAUGAUUAUCACCCCAAGGAUAUAUUUAACAUAAAAGAGACUGGAUUGCUCUAUCGAAUGUUGCCUACUAAUACUUUUGCAUUUAAGGGGGAAGCAUGUUCAAUUGGAAAACUAAGUAAAGAAAGGAUAACUCUAGUGGUCGGGGCAAAUAUGGAUGGUUCUGAAAAGCUUCCUUUGCUUGUUAUUGGGAAAAAUAAAAACCCACAUUGUUUUAAAAAUGUAAAGUCAUUGCCUGUAGAUUAUGAAGCAAACAGAAUGGCAUGGAUGACUUCAGAAAUCUUUGAACUAUGGAUGCAAAAGCUUGAUGAAAAAUUUCAAGCCCAGAAACGCCGAGUUGUGGUUUUUCUUGAUUCUUUACCAGCACAUCCAGAAGUUAAGAUUCUAAAGUCCACUCAACUAGUUUUUUUCCCUUCAUCUUUAUCUUCUGAAUUUGCAGCUAUGAAACAAGGUGUUAUUAAAAACCUUAAGAUCAAAUACCGAUUCUGUCUUGUCAAGAAAUUUUUAGAUUCUGUUGAAAGCAGCAAAGAAUUUACUUUCUCUCUGCUAGAUGCGGUUGAUAUGUUGCAUCUGUGUUGGAGGACUGUAACCCCAGAGACUAUUGUCAAGAGCUAUGAAAAGGCAGGAUUCAAAUCACAACAUGGAAAAAAUGGAAAGACAAAUAUGGAGACUGAAAAUGGCCUAGAUGUAGUUACUCAUGCCCUAGCUGCAGGAGUAGAAUUUCCCGAAGGUUUAUCUCUGGAAGAAUAUGCAUCCCUGGAUGAAGACUUGGUGACAUGUGAAACAGUGUCAGAUAGUGAGGUGAUAUGGACCAAAGAGGGUAAAACAAAUGAAACUGACUGCUAUACUUUGGAUGAAGAGGAUGAAGAUGGAUCUCCAGAAACCGAACUACCUUUGCCAUCAAAAAAGGAGGCAGUGACUGCUUUAGAAACUCUUAAGAAAUUUCUGAGAAGUCAAGAAAUCAAUGGCACACUUCAUGAUUCUUUAGCAGAUCUUGAAAAUUUUAUUCAAGGUUUAUCAAUUAAAUAAUUAUCCAAUGUAAGUUAUCUAAAGAAUAACAGAUUUUUCCUAAUUUCAUAUUAAAAUUUAAGGAGCAUAAAUGGAAAGUGUAGUUAGCUAGGUAAAAACAAAAAUGAAAAUCAGAUCAUCUUGGUAACUUAUAAUUUAAAUGCAAAAGCCUUUCCUCUGAGUUACAAAGCCACAUAGAUAAAGUGAAUUUAAAAAUGCCAAUUAAGUGUGAUGAUUAAGUAAAUGAAAAACUUAAAUUUCUACCAAGCAAAAUAGGUUUGAGAUAUUUUCCCUAGUCUCUUUACUUAGGAAAUAUGGCUUACAUCCCCUCAGAUAUGGAUAACUUGGACUCACAGCUCCUUACAGAUUGAAUUGAUGUCAUUUUCUGCUUCUUUUCAGAAGUGUAGAUUAAGUUCCUGACUGUUUAAACUCAUCUCUGUUGAGGAAUCAAUAACUGAGGUGAACAAAAGCCCAUCUUCAAAACAUCUUAUUUCAGAGGCAUGAACAAAAAUGACUCAGAGUGUGUAUUGUAGAAGAGAUGAAUAUUAUAGAUGAGUAAGUUCUUAUAGUAAUAUGUGUGUUAUAAUAGAAUUUCUAUGAAGAAGGAAAGUUUGCCUUAGUUACAGACCUCUUCAGAUAGUUUAAUAAGACUCGGGUAGUUUCUUUUGCUUACCAUGAAGCCUAAUUUUUUUUCCUUUGGAACUUCUGAUAUAUAUAUAUAUAUAUAUUUUAAAUAAAUAGGAAAAGCAGCAAUUCAUUUUCUUGUGAAAAUAUAAUAUACAAAGUGAGUACAACUUUGUACUAUUAUAUACAUACACACACACACAUACACACAUACAUUACAUAACUUAAAGGGUCAUUUGUAAAUAAAGGGUCAGAUGAAGGAAUGAGACUCCACAAUGUCUUUUUUUUUAUCUAUAACUUGUAGUUGAGGUAGAUCUUUCCAAACUGCUUUUUAUCUAUAUUAAGUACAAAUACAGUAAGGUUGUGCAGUGUCUGCAUUAGAAAUUAUGCCAGAUUCUUAUGGAAUUUAUUAUGCUAAGUGAUACAGCUUUCAUCAGUGCUAAAAUUUGUAAAAUAUAUAUGACAUGAACAUUUUUAUUUAUAAAAGGGAAGCUCACACAUGCUAUUAAAUAUUUCUCUAAUUUUGCCAACACUUGCUUUUUUAGUCUAAACAAUUUAUUUUUUUUGUUUUGAUGAAAAAUGUAUUUUAAAAAAAUAUUUGAAUAUCUUGUUAGCCAUAUUUUUGUUGUGACUUUUAUAUGCAGAUAUUAAACACAUUUGUUUAAAUUUUCCUUUGGAACAGUGGUAUUCACACUGAUUACUUUUAUUGUAUUAAAGGAUAUUGUAUCUAUUCAUAAAAGAUGGUCUUAAAAGUACAUGAUAAAGUAAUAGAAUAAUAUAACUCACUGUGCUUCCAAAAUUCUGGUUGAAUUUUGUUGACUCUUACUGUGUAUUGCAAUAUUUUUCAUUGUUUACUUUAAAAAUUUAUCCUUGCCUAGCUGGUCAGUAUACAUGAUGGUAGUUUGCAGUACUCUGUCCAAAAAAGUGGAAGUUUAUGUUUAGAAUCUUUUAUUCUGCCCGUUAAAGUCUGACUGAAGGAAAUAAACUGAC